UGGCCUGACUGUCAGGACAAACAGGAAGUAGGAGAUUUCUAGGUUACUGCUGGAAUCAAUGUUUUAACGACAGAGCCAAAAUGCACAAGGGGAAAAUGUCGCAGAGCACUGUUAAAUAUAAAGUACUUGCAAGCGAUGUGCGAGAUGAAAACGACAACGAUUGUACCGAAGAUGAGGACGAUGAAAUUACGAUAGAUUUCCAUUCGCCCUUCAUCAAUCAGGAAGGAAGGACAAGGAAAAGAGACACCUGUAUCAGGGUCACAGUGGCUGUGAUUCUUCUGGGAAUUGUUUUCGGAUUUAUGAUCUGUGAGUGGAAUGGCUAUUGGCCUGGAAUUGAGGAGUGUCUGGACCUUUCAGAUCAUCAAGGCACUAACAAGACACACAAGAUUUGUGAGGAUGAAGACCACAAACACCACCAUGAACAUCAUCAUCAUGAUGACCACGACCAUGACCACAAAGAUGGAGAUGAUCAUGAUAUUCACACUCAUGAGCACAGUCGAUCGCUGUACCACAAUGCUGCUAUCAUCACAGACUCUGCAAACUGUUCCAGUAUUGGUAAGGAGCUUCUUCUGGAGAGGGGGAAUGUGGUCGAUGCAGGGAUUGCUGCUUUACUCUGCCUAGGAGUUGUUCAUCCACACACCACUGGAUUAGGUGGAGUGUUUUCUGCAAUUUUGUACAAUCACACUACAAAAUCAUUUAAAGCGAUACAUGACACCUCUCAGAAGUGGCCUACAUAUGGUGCUCCCUCAUUAUUGCAGGGCCUUCGACUGCUGCAUUCCAAAUACGGGCAAUUAGAAUGGAGUCGACUUUUCGAGGGUGCCACAAAACUCGCUAAAGAGGGUUUCCUUAUCGAUAGAAUUCUCUCCAGGGCUUUAGCAACCCACAAGGACAAAAUACUCCAGUCAAGACUGUGCGAUCUGUUUUGCGAUAUGACCGGCAGUGUGAAAUCAGAGGGAGAGCAUGUUGCCAAUGGGCAUCUAUCAGAACUUUUGCUGAGCGUCAGCCUAAAUAGUUCCCAUUUCCCUGAAAACCUGGCCGUAAAAUUGGCUCAAGACAUUUCUGAAGCAGAGAGACCGGCUUUCCUUGCUGCCGCUCAGGCCAGCGGCGGAGAAAUCAAUGAGCCCCUUAUCGUGACAGAGGAGAAAUACAGUAUUCUUUCAGCCCCCAACCAGCUCACAGGUAGAAUGGUAUCCAAUAUAUUAGAUAGAGUCCGAGAGCAAAACCUCACUUUUCAGAGCCACGGAGAUCUCGGUAAUGCCUUUGCCUCUUAUAAUGCCCUCCUAAAUUUGGCGAAUGAAUUCUUCAACACAAGUCAGAGAGAGAUGUUCACAUUAAAUACCACAAGCAGUCAUGUAGGAAUCCUCGAUAGUCACGGCAAUUUCAUAGUAAUCUCCACCUCGCUCAACAGCACGUGGGGAUCUGGGCAAUACUUACCAAGUAGCGGAGUGAUUCUCAAUGACUUUACCUCAGACAUCACUCAGGAGCCUUAUUUUAGUUUUCCUCUAGUGCUAAGUAUAACUGAAGAUGGGGUGGAUGAUCCAGAUGAGAAGCAGUUUGUUGCCGUGACCGGAGGGCUUUCUGCCCUGCUUCAUUCUGUGGUUAUGCUGAGAAACCUGGCUGACGUUGGACUGUCUGCUCAUGAGACUCUGAGCAGCCCUCUGCUCCAUAUAGAGCAGGGGGGUUCCGGGUCUCUGUCUGGCUGUGUUUCUGGUGUCACAAACAGCUCUGUUGUCUUCCGGUUGUUUUCAGAUGGAGACAGGCCUGAAGAGAAGGUGGGCGAGUGUUCUGAUUGCUUUUUGUCCAUGCUGCUGCGACUGAAUGCAGAACAUGUAGGAGCUUACGGAGCUCCUGCUAUUGAGGUCCAUGCUGAUGGAUACUAAUGCAAAGAAAGAUCUGUACUGUAAUGACAUAUCAUGUAAAAAAAAUACUUAACGCACUUUAAGAGCGUUGCACUCACACUCCACGACUUUUUUAAGAGACGGUCUUUUGAUUAUUUUCAAAAAUACUGCUUUUUUUCCCCAGUGAAGUUACAUCCUAAAUGUUAAAUCUUGUGAAUCAUAGCCUAUGCAGUGCGCACAAACCCUAACAGGUUAAUCGAUUUGAUGAACCUGAUGAAGGACUGCUGCUUUAUAAUGUUAUUUUGAUAAAGGUCAGUUACCAACAAACACUUACAAAUGUUUUUAUGUAGUUUUCUGCACUUUUUUAAAUUCGUUACUAGUAUGUGUAUGUGAAGGUUAUUUGUUUCUGGGCUUGCUGAUGUCAGAAUUAUGUGAUUUAUUUAGAUGAAUUCAUGUGAGAUUUUUAUGAGUUGUGUGAGGGUGUAUAAUUUGUGGGACAAAAAGCUUUUGUUUGUAAAAUCUCAUAAGAAAACAUACCUAUUUUAUGCGGUGGCAGUUUUGUAUGAAUUUGUACGAUGUGAAUCAUAUGGAAAUGUAUGAUUUUUAGGGGGGAAAACCUAACUGUAAGUGGAGUGUAAACACUUCCUAUGAAAAUGUGUGAAUGAGAAUUCAUACGAAUUCACCACCAAUUAGGUUCAAAAUAAUUACGAUACGAUGUAUUUAUUUUUAUAUUUUUUGUUCAGAUUACAAUAGGUGAAUAUUUUGUGCCGAUGCAAAAUAUCUCACUGCCGCUGAAGCUAAUUUUGUGAUUGUAAAAAAAAAAUAUUUGGUGGUCUGUCUGUCUGUCUGUCUUUGUGUUGAUUUGCUGCACUGUCAGUUUUGAUUUAAGUUCUUUUGCUCUUCCCCUCAUCCUCUGGGUUAUGAGCCAGGAAUUAUGAGCAGAAUACAUCAAGAGACUCCCCCAUUUUUGUUUCAGAAUCUGUCAUUAUUGUUUAAUGCUGGAGUGUGUUCAUUUUUUGCUUUAAAUACUUUUUCCUAGGCCAGUUUAUCAAGUAUUUGUGCAUCUCUGUCAUUACUACUGAAAUAACAACAGCACACAAGGUGUGGAACGCACAAAACCAGCAGGUUUUGAUGAUUCCUCAUAUACAUACUAUAAAAUGCACUGAUGCCAAAAAUGCAAGACUUGAAUAACAUGCAUGUCUAAUAAAAUGUAAAUGAUUAAUAGAAAUGCACUACACUUUAUGUAUUUCACUGGUGAAAUGUUUAAAAUGACUUUAUUCCUACUGUACGUGUUGAAUUGAUUGCA